CUUUCUUUACUUACGGAAGAGCGUAUCGUUCCUCGUGCCUCUUCCAUGAGCCAGUCCUCGGGAAGAACAAGUAAAAAUGUCUUCCUCGUACCAGUCAUCACGGUCAUCUGCAACUCAUAGAAGAGCGGCUCCGCCACCAAAUGCAAACAACGCGGCCUCUUCCGGAUCCGUCCGGCAAGAUGUUGACCCGGCUCCGACCCCAAGGCCCGUAUUCCGGUUUCUCGGGUUCGGCUUCAUCAUAUUCCUCGUCUUUCUUCAGUUCCUCCCCGCUACUCAUUUCCGACACCCCUCAGAUCCUCUGAGACGCUGGACCCCUUUUGAUGAUUCCACCGCCUUUGGGGCUACAAGUGAUGGGAAUUCCAGUUCUGCUGCAAAGAACAGCAGGGAGGAUGGAAUGGUACAUGUUGUGUCAUGGAUGGACUGUCUUGAUCUUCGCUUGCUCGCUGUUCUUGCUAACUCAACUCUAUCAAGCUCAAGAUAUCCACAUCUGGUUUUCUUUCAUUUCUUUAUCCCUAAAGGGAAUGAAGACAAAGUGUCCUUUUUCAAGUUAAAAGUUCUAUUUCCACAUUCAAACCUUGAAAUUCAUGGGCAGCAGGAAGUGAGAGAAAUAAUUACGACUGCCAUUUCUGGAGCACAAUUUGCUGGAUCCAGCUUUGUGGAAGUAGCACCUUUUAUCAUUCCAAGUGUGCACCAGUCCUUAACCAAGUUCAUUUAUAUCUCACCGAACAUACUAAUGAAGGGUAAAGUUGAAGACCUAAUUGGAACUGCUUUGAGCAAUUAUGCCAUUGGAGCUGCAGAGGACUGCUCUAGGAAAUUAGAUAUGUUUGUUAAUUCCAAUGUGUUGGAUGUUAUUCAGAGAUCAGCUUCAAAGCCUUGGGUUUCUGAGACACCUUAUGCGAAAAAUGCAUGCACGCCAGACUUGAGUGUGCUUUUAAUUGAUUCAACAAAAUUGGAUGGAGAUUUUGUGGAUGCUUUUCUGUGGUGGAGUAAAGUUCUCAAUUUGAAUGAAAGGAGCAGUGGAAAAAAUUCAGCCAUUGUCUUAGCACUCUACAAUAAAUAUCUCAAGCUUUCUAAUUCUUGGUCGGUCACGCCCGCAACAUCUUCAGAAAUGAUCAACAAUACUAGGGUUAUCCGGUACGACAUACCCAACAGUGUUUGUUCUCAAUUUGGAAGUGGUGCUACCCCACAGGUGUCGGGUAAUGGAAAUAAUAUCUGGAAGCAUUACCUUCCCCCAAUGUCAGAUCAAAUUUUGGGAAGCUAGGAUUUCACUGUCCUCCAAACAGCAUGACUGUACAGGAAGUGGAUUUUGGCUUUGAAAUAAAGAAUACUGCAGUACAUAAUGCUAUAAAUCUCACCAAAGGUGGAAAUAUUACAAUGGGCGAACAUUUGUGAAAUUCCUAUUUCUUUUUGUUUUAUGUUCAGGUGUUGAUGUGUACUUUUCAUAGACCACUGUAUAUUUGUCCGUUCUUUAUGAACUGAAAAAGGACAAAUGUACUGUGGUAGCAUUUGUACGAUCAUUCUUAAUGACAAUUAUCCGCAUAUGUGGGUAAUUCAUUCAUUCA